CUUUUCAACAGAAGAACAAUCCUUAACCUCGCUUUACUUUUGUUUUUUAGUAAUUAGUACUUGAGUCAAAAAAUAUUGUUUGAUAUUGUUCCUAGAAAAUUAAUAAAACCACCGUCACCGCUGUGCUGUAUAAUUAUGGAUACUAGAAGCUGUGAAUCAGGACUCUCAGAGUUUCUUGUAUUUGUACCACCGGCAAAGGCAACUGAGGCAUCAACAAACCAGGAACUAAGUGAUACAUCUCCAGCUCCAAUUACUUGGUCCACAAAUCAAACCAAAGUACUUUUAGAUUUGUACCAAAAAUAUAGAGUGAGGGUUGGUACUGCACAAAUAAAAAAUUUCAAAAAAUUGUGGGAAAUUCUAGCAAAAGAAUUAAAUGGAUUGCUUAGAACCAACGUUACAGCUGGUCAUGUAGAAAAUAGAUGGAGAGUUUUAGAAAGAGCAUACAAACGAUACGUGGACAAUCAAAAUAAAACAGGCCAGGGAAAGAAAUAUUUUGAAUAUUUAGAAGAAAUGGAUGCAAUCUUUAAAGGAAAGAAAAAUGUAAAUCCGGUUGUUCUACUCUCAAGCGAAUCUGUGCAGAAAAUGCCUGACAAUCAAUCAGAGGAGUCCCUAAAAUUCCCAGAAACUCCAAGAAAAGCCACUACAUUACAAGUACAAGAAGAUAGAUCAAAAGAGAAAAGGACCCCAUUGCUUAAUAGAAAUGUAACAUUAGUUCACAUGAGACGGGACAAAAAGGAAUAUUAUGAGGCUCGAUUGUUGAUAGAGAGGGAAAAAGUUGAUAUUCUAAAGGCUAAGGUUAAGCUUAUGGAAGAAAAGAAUACACUACUGGGGGAAAGAAAUGAAAUUUUAAAAAAGAAAAAAUGUGUUUUGUGUUCCCAGGAAUCUAUAUAGUUUGUUUUCCAAGUUAUUUUUAAUUUUCUUAUUCUUAUUUUUUUUAUUUUCCAAGUUAUUUAGGAGUAUUUACCAAAGAAUGUAGUUUUUGUUUAUAAUUGUUUUCAUUUGUGUAGGCUAAGGAAACUAUAAGACUGUUGCUGCAGGGUAUAAUGUAUAUUUUGUUGUUAAAAUAAAAUAUAAAAAAUGUAUUCACAUAUUAUUGAUUUUUUAUAAAAAUUGUUAAUGCACAUUUCAAAACUAUACAGUGUCACAGAAAAAGCAAGGCUAUUUUUAGCUUAAAAAAUACCAGAAUCAGAGCAAAUGUGUGGUGUUUAAAAUAUAUGUAAAAGAAGCUAUAUUUUCUAUGCUAAAUUUGUUAGAACAUCACAGUAAGGGGACAUUUUUAUAUGAAUUUCACUUCCCCUGAAAGCAAUGAAUGUUUUUGGAUGAAGGAAUGCUUACACACAACUUUCAUGUGCAAUAAAAGCAGAUUUAAUGUUUAAGGAAGCAAGAAAUUCAUUUAUAAAUGUGAUUCUUGUGAUUUUGUAACUGAAGAUAGCAUCUUGAUAGCACAAUUAUUUUGUUAAAAAUUAUUUCAAAAACCACAUUUGCACAUUUCAAUAGUUAUAAACGGCUCUUGAAAAGCCUGUCAUUUUAUAUAACUUCUAAAACAAAAAAAAAUGCGAAAUUUUAGUUUUAUUUAA